AUGGCGUAUAUUGAAGAUGAGGAGACUUUUGAAAAUGUUGGGACAAAAGUGGCAAAUGAAGAUGCAUGGGCAAAAUUACCAAAUGAAGAUGUAUGGGCAAAUGUGACAAUUGAUGAUGAAAGGGUAGAAUUGCCAAAUGAAGAUGAAGAAGAGGAUUCAUAA